AUGGCAGACCCACGUAAGACCGCUGCGGCGGGCGCAGCUUCCUCCGCAUCGACAUUGAUCCUCCUUCAAAUCUGCUCGCGCAUUUUGACCUUCGUUCUCAAUCAGCUUCUUGUCCGCCUCGUCUCUCCGAGCGUCUUUGGUCUCGCUAACAUCCAGUUGGAGCUGUUGAUCUCCACCAUCCUCUUUCUUUCACGCGAUGCGUUUCGUACGAUUCUGAUCCGUAAUGAGUGCCUCGCCACGUCUUCCUCCACCAUGGGUCAAGUCAAGAUUUCUGGCGCAAGAAAGGGAUCCACAAAUUCGGUCCACAACCUCUCGCUACUCCCCAUCCCCAUCGGUUUCACUCUCACAAUGGCUGCAUGCACCGUCUACAUCCGUUACAUCUCGCCCGAGGCCAUGCGAUUCGUACCCACGUUUCGUGUUAGUAUCGCGCUCUACGCAUUGGGUGCUCUUAGCGAGCUCGUUUGCGAACCGCUCAUCAUCCGAGCUGUAAGGCUCGGCCAUCCCACGUGGAGAGUCAAGGCCGAAGGCAUAGGCGUGUUUGUCAAAACUACCAGCACCAUUGCCACCAUUGUCAUCGUACCUCGCUUGAACAUUGCGUCUUUGCAAACAUAUCUGGUGGACGAAAGGGCGACGGCGUUGUUUGCAUUCGGUAUAGGACAGGCGAGCUACAGCUUUGUGAUUCUGGCUGUACUCAUGGUGUUGUUUUUCCAGGAAUAUGGGGUGAGCGACACCCUGGAUCUCUACAUUGCUCGACCCGAUUCGCUCCGAGGUGCUGAGAAGCUCAAAGGAACAACGAGGACGAUCUGGUUUGAUCGACGCACGCUCUCUCUAUGUGCAACAAUGGCUCAACAAGGCUUGCUCAAACACUGUCUGACGGAAGCAGACAAGUUUGCCGUGGCCAGGUACGCCACGCUUGAAGACCAAGGCGGCUACGCACUGGCUUCGAACUACGGCUCGCUUGUAGCGCGCAUUCUGUUCCAGCCUAUCGAAGAAACGACGCGCAUCGUGUUUAGCGCCCAACUGCCAGCGCUUGAUUGUACAACGAAUCAACGCACCUCUUCACGACCAGAUUUAUCCGAAGACGCAGUCGAGAGGGUUGGAUCGAUGCUAUGUGGAUUAUUUCGAAUGCAUAUCUUGCUGGCAUGCUGCAUGACGGCGUUUGGUGCGCCGUUGAGCACGCCGUUCCUGUACAUUGUUGCCGGCCCACGCUGGGCGUUGGAGACAAGCGCGCCUACGAUCCUGGCUGCCUACACGUGGUAUUUACCCAUCAUGGGUAUCAACGGGAUUGUCGAAGGAUUCGUGCAGUCCGUAGCUAGCGAAGCACAGGUAAAUCGGUACAGUCGAGUGCUUCUUGUUGCCAGUGCUGGAUUUAUCAUGGCGCUGGCGAUGAUGAAUGUGCUGGUGGAUCGGAGCAAUGUGAUGGAGUUCGUGUUGGGCAAGACUGCGUUGGUGUGGGCGAAUGCGUUCAGUCUAGCUAUCAGAGCCGCGUGGUGUUGGAGCUUUGUGAUCGCGUACGUUGGACGUGCUGCAACCAACAAGAAGCACACUUUUGACGUCUCACCUCGUGCAGCCCUACCUAGCUCAUCGACGCUAGUCAUGUUCGCUCUUGUCGCUGCAAUGCUGCGCGUCGCCACGCCGACGCUCAUGCCAAACACCUCACAGCUCUCACUCACCGCCCACGCCGGCCGUUGGUCAGCAUUGCGCCUCCUCCUCCCCACACUCACCCUCACCGCUAGCUGCUUAGCUACCGUACUGUGCACCGUGAUUCUCGUCGAACGACAUCAGCUACAGCACGCGCUUCGCUCACUAGGUCGAGCGGGAAACCAGACACGCAAAUCCCAAUGA